GAUCGCGUGGUGAAUCAAGGAUUGUACUUCUGGUUUCAUUUCACGUCUUCCGACGAUAUCAAUGCAACUACGAAGCAGAACUUCAACCGAUCCGCUCCUCGGAACGGCAUCGUCAUGGCUCGAACUACUUAGCCAAGACACGGUCGAGUGCAGUGACAUGAGCAGCGAAGACUCUCGAAACAGUGAGUGUGCACCAGCCAAGCGCCCGAAGAGAAGCAUCCAGAAAAGAAAGAGGCCAGCCAAGAAACGCAGAACCUCGUACGAUAUUCGCAAGCAGCAGAAAGCUGAUCUUUUGGCAGAAUUGUCAAAACUGGAGAAGCAACUCGAGCUGCUCAAGCACCGCGUACUCAUUGAACAGGGUGAAGCGAAUUCUACCAUCAAACGAACUGAAGUCGCCAAUAUGGUACUGCAAGAAAGAGCUCAGAAUCAACACGUCACGAUUGCUGGCAUACAGUCGAUGCUUGUGUCUCGCAUGCAGCAAAGUCUAUCGGAAUUGCAACCUACAGAGAUUAAAAUUCGGCUCGGCACUGACCGCGCUGAACGUCGGACCACUUUGGUGGCUAUGAAGGACCAAAAGCUACGUGAAGCCAAGCGAUUUAUGGCAACUUGGGGCCAAGAUCUCGACACCAAUUCGACAUUCUCGCAGGAAAACCAGUUCGAAUCGCUCGACGGCGGAUUCUCAGCUGUACGCGUUGAUAACGCCCCCAUUCGCGGCACUACCGUCCGAGCUGUGUUCGAUGCGAUCAUCCAGUCCAUGCAGAAUGCCGAGAUCUUGAUCUCCGAGCUCUUUGGGAGUAUCACCAUCAGAGAGGAUACUGACUUUGAAGCCGCGGAUAUUUCUCAAAUACGUCUCGUGUCUUCGACUAAACACGGUGCUGUUGUGGAGUCAAACUCAGUCAUCUUCUCUGAGUACGUUGAGGAAUCCGACGGCUGCUACGGAAUCAUAGCUGCAGACUUUGUAGACGACGACAAGUUGUAUCCUUAUCGACCGGAGGAGAGGAUCCGACGAGAUACGAUCACCGCUGUGUUAAUACGUCAAGCUCCUGACGAUGUCGUGGUCGGUACGCGAUGGACUUGCCUCAAGUUAGCACACACACAACUAGAUAUCCCUAAGGAUGGUCUGAACGAGUUGCAAGAGGUUUCCAUGGCAUGGGGCGACACUAUAAAGAAAUGCAUCAUGGAACGGAUAGCUAAGAGCAACACCAACGGAUAUCAUUAAAAACAAAAUUCACUGAGAUAGCGAGUAUAAACCUGCACUUUAUCUCUUCUGGUGGUUGAUGAAG